AUUAUCUUCUCAAAUUACGCAUCUGAGCGAUUUGGUCGUGUCUUUUUUAAAAACACUUUUCUGAAUACAGCCCAGCUACGGAGUUGUUUAUCUGUAGUAAGGGGAACUUGAAACCGUCCAUGCCCCAUGUCCUCGGUUGUUUUUCUUCUUUCGCCUGGAUUCUCCAUGUUGUUGGAGAAAAAGUGAGGGCUUUACCUAGACAAGAAGGGGCUAUGGAUGAAUAUACAAGCGAUAAAGUAAACCGAGACGCGAAGCCUAGAAAAUAGCGGAUAAGAGAAAACAAAAACAAAGUAUCAUGCCCCUCCCAUGUGGAAGAGAAUAGAAGGCGGGAAUAAAUAAAUAUCAAAAUAUUUUGUUGCCGUAGGUUUGAGAUAUUUCUACGCGAAGGGAAAUUAUUCAUUUCAAGCCUCGCUAGAUUUAAUGCCACUAAAUGCGGACCGACUGUGUGUCGCUGGAAAAGGUUGGUUGGACGUUGAGGGCUGUGCGUUUGUUAGAUGGAAAGUUCUAUAAUCACUCAAGUGCAGAGAGAGGAUUCUCGGUUGUCUUCGAAAACAGAUCAGGUGAAUAAAAGCUCACCUCAGAAACCUGGGAGUAGGAAUAUCUUCAAAAAGCUCAUCUGUUGCCUUCGAGCUCAAGAUGCCCAACUGCCAACAUCACCUACCCAUGAUGCCUUGCUAGCCCCCGAGGACAAUGGGACAAUUGCCAAAGUACCAGGAGAGUGUCUGCUGCCAGCAGUGACCUCUCAGGACCAGGGGAAGAUCUGUGUGGUCAUAGAUCUGGACGAAACACUGGUGCAUAGCUCAUUUAAGCCAAUAAGCAAUGCAGAUUUCAUUGUGCCUGUGGAGAUUGAGGGGACCACACACCAGGUGUAUGUGUUGAAGAGGCCAUAUGUGGAUGAGUUUCUUCAGAGGAUGGGAGAACUGUUUGAAUGUGUUCUGUUCACUGCCAGCCUUGCUAAGUAUGCAGACCCCGUGACUGACCUGCUGGAUCAGUGUGGUGUGUUCCGCACACGGCUCUUCCGUGAAUCUUGUGUCUUCUAUCAAGGCUGCUAUGUUAAAGACCUGAGUCGCCUCGGCCGUAAGCUCCACAAAACCCUGAUCCUGGACAACUCCCCUGCCUCCUACAUCUUCCACCCUGAGAAUGCUGUUCCUGUGCUAUCCUGGUUUGAUGAUUCAGAGGACACUGAACUGCUUCACCUCAUCCCAGUAUUUGAAGAGCUAAGUCAGGCUGAUGAUGUCUACAGCAGACUCGAACAACUCAGGGGUCCAUAAUCCCUACACCACCAGACCAAGGCAAACCUCCAUGUUGUGUAGCACUGACUGCCAAUCAUACGCGAGCGGCUCAUAUGAUAGGAGACUCCGCAUUCUGACCUGAAAACAAACACGGAAGCUCAUAAUUCUGCUCAGCACAAAGUAUAUGCGGUUCUGUUACAUAGUUAGCGAUGAUAAAUAUUGUGGUCAGAUGCCAACUUUGUCUCCAUCAUUGAGCUUGCCUCUUGCAAUAACAAUUACAGAUUUUAUAUUCCUUUUUUAUUUUUUGCUCUUAGCAUUUUGUUUUUACAUUUAUAAUGACAUCUUUUGGGAGAUUAUAACAGGUCACCCAUAAUCCACAACAAUGAAUCUGAAGUCACUGUAUUAUGUUAUAACAUAAAGCACGAUAAACUUUCAUGCCAGUCUCUCUAUGCAAAGUCCUACCUGAACUCAGCCUCACUAUUUUCAAUCUUCAACAUUCAUAAUCAUACUUUAAAGGAAAACUUGUGUAUUUCAGAUUAGAGCGAAAAAUGCCACAGGAAUACACAUCGUCUCUUAUCAAGCAUGUUAUACAUACUUUUUCCAUUAAUGCAAAUGUGAAACCAAGCACCCAUUCAUCCUUGUUUCUGAUAAGUCUUAUUACUUUACACAAGGCCUUGUUUAAACUGCAGUUUUUUUACUGUUGCUGAGCUGCGUUACCAUAGUAUUAUGUAAAAUACCUGUUUUUAACACUGUUUUGUGUGUAUUAAAACCUCAUGCUUAUCUUGACACUUCCUGUAUUAAUCUUAAAGUGGCCUUAUGUCUGCUUCAAGUGUACUUGAAGGGGUUUUAUGAUAGGUGAGGAGCAGAAUGAACCAAAGAGAUUUAUCUUGAUCUGUAAUUGUCUUACUCUCUGCUGUAUUUUUGCAGACAAUUAUUUGUGCUGUCAUCUAUGUGUAUAUUUGGGUGAACCUGAAUUGAACUUGAAUUGUCUUUGUAUGAUACUGUCGACGCAGACCACAAACUUCAUCUUAUAUUAUUUGAACAUGAUCAUGUUUUUAUAAGUUGUUUUUACUGUAGCACAAAUAAUACAGAUUUUUAUAAACGGCAAAUUAUUGGAAAAAGCAGAUUAUUGUCUUUUGGUUAAAAAACUGCCCUGGUAAAAUCUGCUAUUUUUGACUUUUGUAUUUUGCAACAAUAAAUUUUUUUCUGUGAAACAAUA